UUUCACUGAACGUCUUGUUCCGCUGACUUUGAAAAAAUGAGGGUCGUUGGUACACUCGCCAUCUUUGUAACGGUGCUCUGUUAUCAUCAUGUUUCCUCCAAUGAAGGGCAUGUUAACUGGGAUCCUACUGAACCUACCAAGACAGAGCGUCGACCAUGUAAUGUUUAUACUAAUAUUUACUGGAGGGACGGACAAGGUGACGAUGUUCUACUUACGGGUACGCAAAGCUUCUUAAACAAGGGUUUGGUAACCUUUGGAUUUGGAAAAAUUGGCGGACCUGUUCAUGCAAUGCGUACUUCGAAAGGUGUGCCGUAUGUAAGGGAUGGUCAAAAUGUCAAGACAAUUAGUGAAGCAGAAUUUGAUAAAUAUGGUAUAACAGAAUGGAAAGAACCACCACCAUCUUUUAAGGCUCAUCAGUUACCAUCAAAUCCUCAGCAUCGUCGCUCACUAUCACCAAAUCCUCAGUUUCAGCGGUCACUAUCAACAGCACAAGAGUCACACGAUCAACCUAACCCUAAACGGCUCAGAAUGUCCUGAGACUGAAAUAGAAUGCAGAUUGUAAUUCAAAAAAUGAUAAAAAGUUACAUGGAUUAAAACUACAUCAAAAAGUGAAUUGAUUACGUGUCUUAAUGUGAUAGUAAUAGGGAUAACUAUGCGAGAUUAUGGUUGCUUUUAAUGUUUGUAGGAAACAUUAUCGAGGUACGUUUCCUAACCUCUCUCAAUUUCAAAAAAAGUCAUCGCUUCUGAAUCAUUUACAAAGAAUUUAAUCCAGUAGAGUAAAAAUCUCAAAUAUUUUCAAUUAUUGAAUUUUAGCUGGCCAAAACCCAUUCCAUUACUUGUAUAUUUACAGUACAGGUAAUUGUUUAACAAUUUAAUAUGAAAGUC